UACACAGAUCAUCAGGGCACACUGAUCAUCAGUGCCCUGAUGAUCAGUGCACACGUCCCCUCUGAGGGACGUGUACACUGUUCAUCAGGGCAGUGAUGAUCAGUGUGCCCUGAUGAUCAGUGUAGCCCCAGCAGUGCCACCUGUUAGUGUCCAUCAGUAUCUUGUGUCAGUGCUCAUCAGUGCCUCGUGCCAGUGCCCAUCAGUGCCACAUAUCAGUGCCUACCAGUGCACAUCAAUGCCACAUAUCAGUGCCCACCUGAGCUGCCUUUCAGUGUCACCCAUCAGUGCCACCUAUCAAUGCUAGUCAGUGCCACCUAACAGUGCUGCCACUCAGUGCCACUUAUCAAUGCCAGUCAGUGCUGCCUAUCAGUGAACAUAGUGCCGCCUAACAGUGUCAGUCAAGUGCCGCCUAACAGUGCCAGUCAGUGCCGCCUAACAGUGCCAUGUAUCAGUGCCACCUAUCAGUGUCCAUCAGUG